AUGGGCGACUUCACACACACCGACUUCCCCCUGAUCGCAAUCGCAGACAUCGAGGGCCUGGUGGCUGGCCUCAAGCACACGCCGUCGUGGAGGGACGACGCGGAGCCAUCGGCGGUCGCCGCAUGGAUCCUGCGCGGCUGGACGUUCCUCGUCGGCCAUCCCGAGCAGCUCGACCAGCACCUGGCCGACCCGGACGCCCCCGCCAGCCACGCCACCCGCCUCGCAACCGUCUGGGCCCGGCUCACCAGGGACCUUGCCGCGGCGGCCGACCGCUUCCAAGCCCCUCUUCGUCCUGCCAUCCCCCUCAUCAUCAAGAUCCUAUGGCUCACGUCGGCCGCCGCAAGGCUCGAUCACCCGAACUUCAGGGCGUUCAACCUAUGCAGCGUCCAGGCCCUAUCGAACCUGAACACCUCAAACCCGGCCUCGAUUGCGCACACGUGGCCGCUACUCGUCCACUGCGAGCCCCGCGAAUCGAUCCUCCUGAGACUUCUGUACACCACCAACAACAGACUGUGUCUGGUCAUCGGCGUCCUCAUACUCAACUGCGUCCACCAAGACCCAGGCCGGAUUGAGUCGCUUAUGGGCUCGUGCGUGGGCAAGCAAGCGAUGACGAUGCUGCUCGAACGGAUGGACGGCCUGCUGGACGACGAGACGGCGGAGGUGUUUGACGUGAUCGUGACCCUUGUGCGCGAAAUCGUCCGAGUUGACCCGGGGACGCAUGUGUCGAAGCUGUAUGAAUCGCAAGCCACGCCGUCGCAAGUGCUGUCGCCGGCCCAGCUCGCGGUCCUGAAGGUCCUCGAAACCUCGCCCGUCCUUCCCCCCUCCUCGUUCCUCAUCGCACAGUUCCAUCGGCUCGCUGCCCGCCUCGACCAGGCGUGGCAGGGCUUCGUCUUGGUCUGCGAGACCCUGGUCGCCUGGAUCACUCACGCUGUCGCCGCGCCUGCCGCCGAAGACUCUGUCUCUGACACCGAGGUCGAGGCGCUCGUCCAAGUAUCCAUCCGUAUCCUGAAAGAGCUAUCCGAGCAACGGGCCCACCUACGCCGCUCCACUGGAACUCCUGACGACCAAGGAAGCGCCGACAAGAGACGCUCGAUGAACCAGCUGAUGAUCGGCGUAAUCAAGCUGCUGACGAACCUGAUCGAGCUCAAAACCAGCGUCACUGCGGCCUCCAACGGGGCCGUGAAGAUCCAAGACGCGGUGCGGACGCUCGACGGCUUCCCGCUCAUCCUCAACGCCACCCAAUUCGACGUCGACUUCCCCUAUCUCAGAGAACACGCGAUCGUCUUGCUCAAGUAUCUGCUCAAAGACAACCCGACUAACCAGCUGAUCAUCCAGAACUUGCAGCCGCUUCCUCCCCCAUAA